AUUUUUAUCUUCUUUAAUUUGUUUUAUUGGUAAUUAAUGCACUGUUUGUACGGCAGACUUACUUGACAAUUUUAUUUACGUAAAACUCGUACAAUGAAUCAAUAAUUUCCAGCACAUGGUUGUAUGUGUGUGAAACAUUUGCCUUAUUCGAAAAGCUGUAAUAUUUCAUAAUUGUAUGUUAAAACUAAUAAUUUUGUAUGAGUAACGCUCUUCAAACCAAGUGACAAGUAGAACGAGAUCAAACGAAUGGUUAGUACUAAUUAGUAGAAACGUCACAAGUAAGACUAAAAUUCUACUGAAUAAAGCAUACCACACUAUGACCUACCUACAGUCGCGAAUAAAAGUUUAAACUUUUAAGCUUUUUCAUGAGUUCAGUAACAUUUUAAAGAAACAAGGAAAUUGAGCUUACUAUUAAAUGUGCAUAACUAGGGACGGAUCAAAAAAAACAUCUAAGGUGCUUGCACGAUAAAAAAAUAUUUACCAGAAUGAUAGUUUAUUCGCUAAACUAUUUGAGCAUAUUCAGACUGUAGCACAUUGUUGCCAUCUUCUCGAUUUUAUGCUGAUCGGACUUGGGACUUUAUCACGGGCUUUAUCGGACUUUAUUGAGGCUGUUGGUAUUGUUCGUGGAUUUUUAUUUUAAGAAAUAAGUUUGGGAGAUUUCCAAAGGAAGAAAUCCAAGAUUUAUAAUUUGAAGAAUAAUUUUUGGGGAAAAUUGCUUAAACAAACUAAUAAACUUUUUCUGAAUGUAAGAAAGACAAAACUCGUUUGAACCAGUUAAAAACAGUUACCUUAAUCUCAAUAGAUUCUUUGGUAAGAUUUAUGCAAUUUAUUCUCAGUCUGCUAAAUUGCAGAGAGAACUAAAAAUUAUUGCUGCAGAACUGGAUAACCAACUGCGCAAAGUCGACAAAGUUUUGACAACUAGAUGGGUUGCAUCCUCGUCUCGUGCAGUGAAAUCUUUUGGAGAAAUUAUCCAGCUAUGUAGAAGCAUUUCUACACACUUUCACAGUCUAAAGACAAGCACAAAGCAACCUAUGCUGGAUUAGCAAAACGAAUGGAGACGAUAGAGUUUGUUGAAGACGUAGCCAUUAUGAAAGACAUUGUGCAGCUUUCAAUUUUGUCUGAAUUACUACAGAAGGACUGCACCAUUCUCAAAGAAACUGACUAUUUGCAAUUGUAACAUUGUUAGAAUUUCGGUAUUGAGAAAACUUUGGCGGAGUUUGUUUAGAAGGGACGAAUUAAAAGGCGUAGAAAAUGCAAAGUGUGUUAAGAUUGUACUUUGCAUCGAGAACGACUUUGUAGACUUUAUAUCGUUUUUCUGGUUGAUUUAUUAGAGACGAUGGGUACGAUUGUUGUAUGGUCGUAAGUUUACUACGAUGGAAGAUAUUUUAACCCUUUGGGAUGGUAUAUUUGCUGAUGGUCUCUCUUUGGAUUUAGUCGACUACGUCUAUUUAUCGUUGGUAUGCAGCAAAGAAGAAAAUGUAACAACACUUGUUUAUUUUUGUGUGCACUUUAUUAAGACAUAACCCAUUACAGUAACAAUUGUUAACGGACUAAUGGAGUUGUAUUAACAAUAAAUUACCAACUCACUUUAAUGACGAUUUUGUGUUUGAAAUCUUUUUUAUAGUGUUAUCAUCGGAUCAUUUUGGAUGCAUUACUAUAUUGAUGAAAACACCAUAUUGUAGAAAAAAUGCUAAAUUAGUAGGGUUUUGAGAUAUUUAUUUGUUUAUUUGACAGCUUUUCAAUAAAAUCAACGUCUUUCGUGAGAGAUUUGGCCGGUGAAAUUUCGACACGCUCAUCGCCAAAAAAAUGCUUGAUCCUAAAAGAAAAAUGGUUUAUCUGGCAAAAGAACAACUAAAGUCAUCUGUCGCUCCUGAGUUUCCCAACCAAGAUGCUUUUCAUUCAAGAAUAACGAAUGGAUUACAGGCUGUCUUGCGAGGCACCAGACAAAUUCCAUCAAAGAGAGGACCGGAAAUCAAUGAUACAUACAAUGCUGAAAACAGAUUGGAAAAUAAAUCCUCUGUUAAUGAAAAAAAGAAACCAGUUGAAAUGAAGGAGAACAACAAGUCAUCCCCGUCAUCUCACAUGUUCCCCAGUGAUCCUGAUGAUGACGAUUUAUUUAUGAUGUCACCAAGAUCCAACAGAACAUCUGCCAGUACGGCGUUUUUGUCAAAACUAUCAUCGAAAGUUCGUCAUCCAAGUCGAACUGACAUCACUGCUUUACAGCAAAAAUCAGCAAAAAACGACAAGCUAAGUCAUGACAAAAACUAGACUAAAUCAAACAAAAACAUUAGAUAAAUCGAAUAAACGUACUGUUAUAGCCAUGUAAUUUAUUUUCUUAGAGAAAUUUGUUAUUUCCGGAAUUUGUGUCUAAAUAAAAUCAAGUUUAUUCUAUUAUUUUUCAAAUUUUGUAAAGGCUGAAAAAUUAUACUUACAUAAAAUAAAUCAAUCUC